UCCAGUAUUAUAAAUACAACACUCAAACAAAUUAUUUUUUAAUAAACCUCACUAAAGCAAAAUAAAUCUUAGUUCAAUUUUAACAAUACAAUUUUAAGCAGAAAAUAACAUGAACACAAAUCAAUAUGAUAAGCAUUGCGAACAACAAAAUUUGAUGAACACACUGAAAGAGAUUCAAAGAGAAAACAAUAACAGAAAAAUAAAUUGUGGUGGGCAAGUGAAUCCCGAUUCGGGCCCCAAGAAGCGUAACCCUUGUUGUACGUUGUCACCCGUGACGCCGACUCCCUUGACCAAGGCCAACGCUUGCGAAAGACAGAAAUUACCGAAUAGAAAUUUUUGCACUACCGUCAAAAACGAAUGUGACGUGUCUGAACUGACCGCGUACGGAAAAGAAUUCAUUGCGAACAAUGGAAAACUGGCUUCGAGAUGUGUGUGUGUAAAAUUCAACGGUCUUCAAGACUCGUGUCGGCAUCCCGGGUGUUAUACCAAGGACGGAUGCUUGGACAAUCCGUUCCCAACGUGUCCACCAGCCCGACAGUGGAAAAUCGAUUACAACUCUCCCAAAAAGAAUAACAAGAGAUGCUAAUAUAUUGAACGAACUGUACACUAUACCAAACACUUUAACGAUAAUAAAAAAACACUGUCUAAAACGCA